CAUGACAGGCGUAUUUCUGCAGACGCAGGUCACAAAUGCUCCAAAUGAAGUAGAACAGGCCCUGUUUUCCGGAAAUAAAAAGUCGCGGCGAGCUUGACGGUGUUUGAAAUCUCGAAGCGUGGUAACCUGAGCAAAUUUACGUAACUAUGUCAACAAAUACUCUGGCCGCGAUACUCCACUCGAUAUCCCUGUGAGGUCAUCAUAAGCAUUCCAUCUCUUAGCUUGUGGCUCUAAGGGUCUGAUCGCAUCUGUGCUCCAACCACCAAAACCAGGGCUCACCUACAGCCCUCAGCAGGCAUCAUGGGAUGUGUGGAUUUAAGGAGUCUCUUCACCGUAGCCCAGUUCAUAAAGGCCAGAUGUGACCACGGCCUGAAAGCUGGCGAGAGCAAGAAUAAGAAUUAUGUCUUUUUUGAGGUGGAGAUCCUGGACCCCAAGAGCAAGGCGCAACUCUGCUACCUGGAUAAGGUGGAGCCCAACGCCACUAUCGCAGAGAUCAAGACUUUGUUGCACAAAAUUUACCCCAAGUUUUAUCCAUCGAGACAGGCCCUGAAGCUACAUCCAGAGGGAAAGGCCCUCAGUGACGACGAUGUGCUGGAGGAUCUACCGGUCGGCACGACCGCAACCAUGUUCUUCCAGGACCUCGGCCCACAGUUAGGCUGGACUAUGGUGUUUCUGGCAGAGUGUCUCGGGCCGCUUUUCAUUUACCUGCUGUUCUACUAUCGCCUUCCUUACAUCUACGGGCACGAGUUCGACUUCACCCGCAGUCCAUUUAAAGUUGUCAAACUGGCUAGCUGGUGCCACUCUCUUCAUUACAUCAAGAGGCUUGUGGAAACUAUUUUCAUCCAUCGUUUUUCCGACGGAACGUUACCUUUACGCACCAUCAUGCUGCUCUGUCUGUAUUACUGGGGGUUUGCAGCGUGGCAGGCGUAUUACAUCAACCACCCGCUCUACACCCCAGCAACUUAUGGGAGACUUCAAAUCUACUGCGCGCUGGCAAUGUUUUUGGUCUGUGAGUUUGGCAAUUUCUCAGUUCAUCUGAUUUUGAAUCGGAUCAGCUGUAACGGCUCCAGGCCUACAGAGAUUCCUUAUCCGACAAAUAAUCCAUUCACUUGGCUCUUUUUCUUCGUGUCCUGCCCAAACUACACAUAUGAGGUGGGAUCAUGGAUCAGCUUCACGGUCAUGACACAGUGUGUUCCAGUGGGAGUUUUUGCAUUUUUGGGCUUCAUUCAGAUGACUAUAUGGGCUCGGGCGAAGCAUAAAACCUACAUCGAGCAAUUCAAAGACUAUCCUGACUUGAGAACGGCCAUCAUUCCACUCUUCUUCUAGAUCGAUUGGAUGGAGGAUGAAGCUACAUGCACUUUGUCACUGGAUGCCUCACCAAAACGACAUAUCAUAAGCAGCAAAACAAGUCUAUUGUUUCUCUGUCAGACCUUGUGAUUUAAUCAGACACAGUUAAGAUCGUGAUGUACUCUCUGAAGUGUGAGGAGGUAAUUACUAGUAAUUACGUUAAUUAUGAAAAGAGGCAUAACUGAGGACAGGCUGAGGUUGUACUGCAAGUUUGAGGAAGAUAUACUAACAGAAACUUUUGCAAAAGGUGUAUUAUUUUGCAAAUUGAAACAUUUGCUUGACAUCAAUGAUUGGAAGACCUGACUGUGAAGGCCUUCAGACCACACGGUGUACAGUUUUAUUGAUGUUGAUUGUUCAUUUUUGUAUUGCAUUAAAACAUUUUGCAGAACACA